UGGAGCUGGGAGGAGGCGGCGGAAAGCGCGGAGGGGGCCGAGAAGGAGCAGGCAGGGCGCGGCUGCAUAAGCGGCAGGAGGAGGAGCCCGUCUGCACCCAGAGCCGGAGUUCCCCGGAUCCGCCCUCCGUGGCUGCUUGGAGUCUGCAGGGCGGUGUCAGAGGCCAGCGCUGCCCGCUGCAUGAACCGCGGCGGGUGUUUCUGCACCGGGGCUGAUCGGACUCGCUCCUGGACUUGAUCCUCUUCGGCUACAGAGGCAGGAGCAGGUGAGAGUUGGGAGAGGAAGAGUGAGGGGGAGACCAGCAGAGAAAUUGUUGGUGGUGCCAGAUAUAUUUAAAAAAAGGAAUCACAGAUUAAAAACAGGAGCACAAUUUAAGAAGACAAAUGGAUUACCUGCUUGUUAAAAAGGAAUUUUUUAAAAAUGGAGAAAGUAAGAGAAAGCAUCCCGUGUCCUCCGUGUAACAAAAGCUUCUUUUCUGAACCAAGCUUUAAACCUCAGUGGGAAGUGCAAGCAGGAAAGAAAUGAUAUGAAUGUUUGGACUGUGGAAAGAAAUUUAGCCAGAGAGGACAUCUAACUAUGCAUCUUAGAACCCACACUGGGGAAAAACCCUAUAAAUGCCUGGAGUGUGGAAAGAGAUUCAGCAGCAGUGGAUAUCUUGUCACACACCAUAGAACCCACACUGGGGACCAAUCACAUAAAUGCUUGGAGUGUGGAAAGAGCUUCAGCAGCAGUGGAUAUCUUACCACACACCACAGAACCCACACUGGGGAGAAACCCUAUAAAUGCUUGGAGUGUGGAAAGAGCUUCAGCACGAGUGGAUAUCUUAGGACACACCAUAGAACCCACACUGGGGAGAAACCGCAUAAAUGCUUGGAGUGUGGAAAGAGCUUCAGCACAAGUGGAAAUCUUUCAGCACACCAUAGAACCCACACUGGGGAGAAACCACAUAAAUGCUUGGAGUGUGGAAGGAGGUUCAGCAGCAGUGGAGAUCUUACUAAACACCACAGAAUCCACACUGGGGAGAAACCACAUACAUGCCUGGAGUGUGGAAGGAGCUUCAGCACGAGUGGACAUCUUACUACACACCACAGAAUCCACACUGAGGAAAAACCUUAUACAUGCUUUGAGUGUGGAAAGAGCUUCAGCAGGAGUGGACAGCUUACUACACACCACAGAAUCCACACUGGGGAAAAACCACAUAAAUGCUUGGAGAUUGGAAAGACCUUCAGCCAAAGAGGAGCUCUUACUGUACACUAUAGAACCCACACUGGAGAGAAACCAUAUACAUGCCUGGAGUGUGGAAAAAGCUUCAGCCAGAAUGGAGCUCUUGCUAUACAUCACAGAACCCACACUGGGGAGAAACCACAUAAAUGCUUGGAGUGUGGAAAGAGCUUCUGCACUAGUGGAAAUCUUACUACUCACCACAGAAUCCACACUGGGGAGAAAGCUUAUAAAUGCUUGGAGUGUGGAAAGAGCUUCAGCACAAGUGGAAAUCUUUCAACACACCAUAGAACCCACACUGGGGAGAAACCACAUAAAUGCUUAGAGUGUGGAAGGAGGUUCAGCAGCAGUGGAGAUCUUACUAAACACCACAGAAUCCACACCGGGGAGAAACCACAUAAAUGUCUGGAGUGUGGAAAGAGCUUCAGCAUGAGUGGAGAUCUUAAUAAACACCAUAGAACCCACACUGGGGAAAAACAACAUAAAUGCUUGGAGUGUGGAAAGAGCAUCAGCACAAGUGGACAUCUUACUAGACACCAUAGAACCCACACUGGGGAGAAACCACAUAAAUGCUUGGAGUGUGGAAGGAGGUUCAGCAGCAGUGGAGAUCUUACUAAACACCACAGAAUCCACACCGGGGAGAAACCACAUAAAUGUCUGGAGUGUGGAAAGAGCUUCAGCAUGAGUGGAGAUCUUAAUAAACACCAUAGAACCCACACUGGGGAAAAACAACAUAAAUGCUUGGAGUGUGGAAAGAGCAUCAGCACAAGUGGACAUCUUACUAGACACCAUAGAACCCACACUGGGGAGAAACCACAUUAAUGUUUCGAGUGUGGAAAGAGCUUCAGAAACAGAGGAGCCCUUACUAUAAACUAUAGAGCCCACACUGGAAGAAGGCGGUCACACCUUCCUGCACAUGCACAAAUUGAAACAGGUUAGACUGAAACUCAUGAGACUGCAGACAAGCCCGAGAAACACCCUCAAUUUGCGAAAUAUAAACCAUUCUGAGAAUUCUGCUUCUGAUUUGUCGUGCUUCCUCUUCAACUAUUUUAUACGUGUGUGUUGUAUCUGUGUUAUGAAUAAAUGUCCAUAAUUCA